AUGGACGAAGAGCCUCUCUACGUGAACGCAAAGCAAUACUAUCGCAUCCUCAAGCGUCGUGUCGCUCGUGCCCGACUCGAAGAGGUUCACAGGCUCUCCAAACAAAGAAAGCCCUACCUGCAUGAAUCUCGCCACAAGCAUGCGAUGCGCCGGCCCCGAGGCCCAGGGGGCCGUUUCCUGACCGCUGAAGAGAUCGCGGCCCAAAAGGCGCAGCAAGAGGCAGAGGCUGGGCCCUCAGCCUCGGCCUCUGUCGACGGCGAGGGCGAGGAAGACGAUGCGGCCGACGACCCACUCAAAGACAUCGAAAUGACCAUCGAUAGCCCCGGCGAGCCCCCCAAGCCGGACAUAUCUCAAUUGCCUCAGCCUCAACAAGGCCAGUUGCCAGACACACAGCGCGAGAUCCGUGUGCCCGCAGGCGCACCAGGCCAGCCUCUGUUGCAGCCCCGCCCUCAGUCUGCCAUCUCGACCUCGUCUGCCAUCUCGACCUCGUCUGCCAUGCAGCCGACGCUCCAGCCCCAGCUCCAGGCACCUUCUACGGCGCAGGCGAUGACGCUGCAGGUACAGACUCCUCAGCCAAAACCCCAGCCGUCGCCGACUCCUAUUCCCUCGCGGGGCAUGCAACAAUCCCCACUCCCUGUGCAGUCCCACAGCCAGCCCCAGCCGCCGCAGACCGCUUCUCCGUUCAACCUCCAGCUUGGGCACACCGCUGCCCCCGUAAAUCUGAUGAGCAUGGCCUUUUCCCCGUCCAUGUCGCACCCUACGACCCCCACGCCGCUUUCCCCGUCCGACCCCCUUGACCACCUGCAAGUGCAACCGCAGGAUCCCUACCACACGCACCCGCAGCCGUCGCACCCACACCCUCAUCCGCACCCGAUGCACCCCGGUCACGGCCGUGGCCACUCUCACGCGCACUCACAUCCAGGCCAGCCGGGGCAAGCGGCGCACAGACACCCUGGACAGCCGGGACAGGUUUCCAGCUCCGUAGUCGGACAGGCCCCACCGCCGCAGGGGUCGCAGAUGCCGAUGCGCCAGCAGUACCACGCCGCGAUGCAGAUGCACCACAUCCCCCAUCCGCACGCGCACGCGCGCCACCACGCGUCGUCGAUCAACCGGCUCUAUCGCGCGCAGGGCGACCACAAUGUCAUGAACAUCUCCGCCGAGGGCAUCAAAGGCGACAUCCAGCGCCGGGGGAGCGACUCCCUCAUGCGCUUCGGGAAUGCGGCGAACUCGAAAUGA